AUGACAUGUGACAUGCAUUCAACAUCGCGUCUCAUACAUGACAUUCCUGUACAGCAUCCCUCUGAGAAAAUAAGAAAGACGCGUACAAUUCCGGCACAAGUUACAAUUCCUGCCACACGGCCCAGAUGGAAUUCCCAGGAGUUGACGGGCUUGGCUUCUGUGCUCCGGGAGGAAGGCCUCAACAGCUUGGUCUCCCUGCAGGACCUGCUGGUGGUACAGAGAUCGGUGCUCAAUCAAGAGCGGUAUGAAAAGCUUCUGCAGGCAAGGCUGAAACACAACAAACCUCCUCUCAACUUCGCCUUUUAUGCGGUGGAGGGUGAUGGCAUGCCACCGCGGAAGCUUGAAAGUCUUCAAGGGCAAUCAGGCAUGAUCUUGGCCUUCGAAGGGGGGACCUUUGUGUGGCCAGGAAUCCAGCUGGGCUAUCGACGGAACGUCACCCUCCAGCCUCGAAAUGAGGCAUCCAUCGAACUGCAGAUUGAAACCCGUAGUUUGCAGCCCUUGGUGGUGGAAAUAUCUUCCUUUCUAGAUGAGAAUGAUUGCCAGCACAUCAUUGACAAAGCACUUCCACAUAUCCGGAAGUCUUCCGUCAAGCAUAUGGAUCAAGAUGUUGGCAAGCCUGAUUCAAACUGGAGAACUAGCAGCACCUAUUUCAUGCCUUCAGACGAUGCGGUUUUGAGGCGGAUUGACGACCGAGUCAGUGCCUUGACAUUGAUCAAGAAGACGCACCAAGAAUUGGCGCAGAUUCUUCGCUAUGAGCAGGGUGAGCAAUAUGUGGCUCACCAUGAUUAUUUUGAUCCUGAGAUGUAUGCGCAGAACAGGGACAUCCAAGAAAUGAUCAAGAGGGGGCUUUUCAACCGAUUGGCCACGGUCUUUUUCUACUUAACUGAUGUGGAGGAAGGUGGCGAGACGAACUUCCCUCGAGCAGAUGGUUUGCCCCAGCCACAUGACUUUGGCGAUUGCUCCAGGGGGAUUUCUGUUUAUCCGAGGCGCGGGCGGAUUAUCAUUUUCUACUCGCAGCAUCCCUCCGCUGAAGCGGAUGAAUACUCGCUGCACGGCGGGUGCCAAGUGAAGAGAGGAGUCAAAUGGUCGGCCAACAAGUGGAUUUGGAACAAGCCAAUGGACUACAUUCAGGAAUGA